AGGAUAUUUAUAUGUAAAGUAUAGGACAUUGUUUGUAUGUAAAGUACAAGACAUAAUGUGUAUUUGGGACAUAAUAAUUGUCCAUACAUGGAACCUACUAUUCUCCUCGGGUGUACCGCUAGCCGGUAGGAUCUUUGGUUCAUUAUUUUGUUAUCAAACAUGGCCGGUUGGCUAAACGAUCGCGAGCUUAUAACGUUAGUUCGCCCUAAGAAGAAAAUGUUGGUCCUGUUGACCUUUUCCUGUUUUAUUUGGUCCUCAACAGUAACCUGCAAAGGUGCUGAGGUUACAGUACAAAUUAACCAGACAAUCCUGCUAGCUUGCUCUGCAUCAAAUAAUUCAGAAAAUGUGGAACAUAUCGGUUGGUACCGCUGCCGUACUGCUGAUUGCGAAUCCAAAUGGGACAACUCCCGGAUAGCUCGUGUUGAACGAAUGAGAAAGCCAAUUGUUGAUAACCCUAACUUUGACAUUUACGUAAAUGGAACAUUAGUUAUCAAGAGGGUAAUGGCUGUGGAUGAUGGAAAAAUUUUUAUCUGUAAAGCCAAAAGAAACCUGACAGGGGUGGAAACGUCCACCACGAUCCUCAAAAUAGCCAAAGAUAAGCCAGUGACAACAACCACUGCAUCAGGUCAGCCAGUGACGACAACCACAGCAUCAGGCAUCCCAGGCCGUUCAUCCUCACCACUACCAGAUACCCCAACUUCUUUGUCUUCAUCUUGUCCAGGUCAGGCGGUGAUGACGACAGCAGCAUCAGUAUACUUCUUAACAGUGCAAGCAUUGCCAGAAAUUACACCCAAGAGACACUUGUGA